CAAGGAGCGAAAAGAAGAAGAAGACGAUCUGGUCAUGUGAUUGUGAACUAGACAACAAACACACCCGGAACAGAGUUUUAUUGCCGCUGUUGGAGACAUGUCACAUUUUAUGAGCAGAUGUUGCGUUACUUGGAUCUAAAUACAUUUAAUUCUAUUUCAGCAGGCUGAAGGUUUGACGGAAGUCCACUACAAACCUUCACUUGAAGAAUCACCCGAGCAGUCAUAAUGGGCUCUGCAGUAGAGAGGACGGACGAACAUGUGAGAGAGUAUCUGAUCUACCGCGGUUUCACCAGCACUUUGAAACAACUGGACAACGACAUCAAAACCGACAAGGAGAAAGGCUUCAGGGUGGAUAAGAUUAUUGAUCAGCUCCAGCAGUUUGUCCAGAGCUAUGACUUCUUUGGUCUGAAGGAGUACUGGCUAUACUUGGACAGACGUCUUUUGUGCAGACUGGAAGACGUUUACAGAUCCACAGUCCUUAAACUGAGGACCAGCCUGUACAGAUACUACGUCAUCCACACCAUCCAGAAAGGAAACCUUGAGAAGACUCAGGAGUUUUUCCAGAAGCAGGCGUCGGAGCUGCAGAGUCAGGUGGAGUGGCGAGAUUGGUUCAUCCUGCCGUUUAUACCCGCCCCCGACCAGAACCCGGCCUUCUCUCCAUACUUCUCCCGCCAGUGGGCCGACACCUUCCUGGUUUCACUGCACAACUUCCUGUCCGUCCUCUUCCAGUGCAUGCCCCAGCCUGUUCUGCUGAGUUUUGAUGCUGAGGUUCAGAAGACAACGAGUCUGGCUGAGGAGAACGAACAGCUUUGCCAGUUGCUGUUUGCGCUGCAGAUGGAAAGCCGGGACCAGAGGGAGGUAGACGAGAUGGUCCACCACAAGCUGCCGAUAUACGUCCAGAACAUGGACCGACUUGGAGACACUGACCUGGAUUUGGUGCUGAGCCAGCGCCCUGUCAGCACUGCUACCACUCCUUCCAGAAACUUUUUCUCGACAUUCCUGCCGCAGGGCAGACGCACUCCGGGGAAACUGCCUCUGUUCACCACUGGGUCCUCACCGAACCAGGCUUCAGUGGGGAGGAAGGAUCCACCAAGCAAUCUGCCUGCAAAGUCAAAAGAGGGAUUCCAAGGCAAUGAGGUGAAGCCAGUUUCCAGCCAAGCAUCAACCAGUGAACCUAAGAGCUUCCAGUCGCAACAGUCAACAACCCAGCCUACAAACCAGCCAUCUCACCCGAGACACAAGAAAAUCCAAGAUCAUGAGAAAGAGAGGAAGGAGCUUUUUUCCAAACCAACAUCACAGAUCCCAGAGAAGAGAGGGGAGACAGGAGAGGUCGAGCUGCUUGCUGAGAGCUUUGACGAGCCUCCUGAGCCCUGCUCAUACAGCAGGAGCUGCAGUGGAGGAGCAGAUGGAGGAGGACUUUCAACAGAACAGCCUUUUAUCAAACUCAGCCAGGAGGAGUACGGAGAACACCACUCCUCCAUCAUGCACUGCAGGGUUGACUGUUCUGGUCGCCGGGUCGCCAGUUUGGACGUAGACGGAGUCAUCAAGGUGUGGUCCUUCAACCCCAUCAUGCAGACCAAAGCCACCAUCAUGUCCAAGUCUCCUCUGCUGUCUUUGGAGUGGGCCACCAAACCAGACCGACUGUUGUUACUAGGCAGCCGGGUUGGCACGGUGCGGCUGUAUGACACGGACGCCAAGAAGAACCUCUACGAGAUGAACAUCGACGAAACUCAUCCACGUAUCUUGUCGUUAGCCUGCAGUCCCAGCGGCUCGUCGUUUGUCUGCUCAGCUGCAGCUGUCAGUCGAUCUGGAAGUGUAGACUCAGCAGCUCAACUUCCCAUCCCGGUGUCGGGGCAGCUGCUGCUCUGGGACACAAAGACUGUCAAACAACAGCUCCAGUUUUCUUUAGAGCCUGAACCAGUAGCCAUUAACUGCACUGCCUUCAACCACAAUGGGAACCUGCUGGUGACCGGUGCUGCUGACGGGGUCAUCAGACUGUUUGAUAUGCAGCGGUAUGAGAGCGCUAUGAGCUGGAGAGCCCACGACGGAGAAGUUUACAGCGUGGAGUUCAGCUACGAUGAAAACACCGUCUUCAGCAUCGGAGAAGAUGGCAAGUUCAUCCAGUGGAACAUCCAUCGGUGUGGGGUGAAGCAGUCGGAGCAGGUUUUACCCCAGGAUGCCACUGGGCCCUUCAUCCUGUCAGGCUACAGUGGAUACAAACAGGUUCAGGUUCCUCGAGGUCGACUCUUUGCCUUCGACUCUGAAGGCCAACAUGUUCUGACCUGUUCCAGCAACGGAGGACUUAUAUACAGAUUGACCAAUGGAGAGCCCGCUCUGGAAAGCAUGCUGCCUCUGGGGGGGCACAAAGCGCCAGUGGUGACGGUGGAUUGGUGCUCGGCAGUGGACUGCGGCACCUGUCUGACCGCCUCCAUGGAUGGGAAGAUCAAGCUGAGCACACUCCUGGCACAGAACUCCUAACACACCUGAGGAGUCAGUGCUCAUGAAUUUAUAAUAAACUGAUAGAGUCCCGCUGAUGGAGAUUAUUCCAGAAACUUUUAUUAGAGUAUGUUAUUUGUUUAAUGACGUGAGACAAAACAGUAAAAACUCCCUAACCUGUUAGCAAAUUGUAUUAACAUAAAAUUCCAACUGAAAGUGCAAGCUGAGAACAUGUUUUUAUUUAAAGCAGAAUGAUUUUGUAUUACCUAAGCCUCUAGUGUGACAGUAAAGAGUUCUGACACCGG